CGUGUGUGUGUUUAUAUCAAGCACAUGGUGUGUGUUUACGUUCUAUUUGAUUGGAUGGCAUAUACCCGUACUGCCGGUUUUACGGGUAUAUGCCCUCAUGAUUUUCGUGAAAAGCAUGAUUAAGUAUUACUUAAGGGGGUAGCUUGAGAAAAUUAAGUUAUUCGAAGUUUGCCUAUAGUACGACGUAGCAGCAUUCGUUAUUGUGGUAUGUCUGACUCCGAGAAACUUCUAGAUUCCGACCAUGAAUCUUUGCCAGCUGGUACUAGUGUACAUUCGUUGCGUGAUGGUAUUUCUGCACAUAAUACUGGGAAUAACGACUUGGUGGAUACUUUCUCUCUGUUUAAAACCUAUCUUGAUGGGAAGAUCGCUACUCCACACAAAGAUUUGGCAGUUGGCAACGAGAAUUUUGCUACCAAACUCAAGCAGGAAGUUUCAGUUAAACUCAAAGGUGAGGGCAACCAGAUACAAUUCAACUUUAAUUGUGAAAUCAUGGCCGACCUCGUUAAGCUCCAGAAGCGUAUUCCUGAUGAAGAUGCAGCUUGUCUUAAAUUGGUAUCUGGAGCUAUCCUUAAGGUUAAGAAGCGAAAUAAACUCAUCCGCAUUGCAGACAAAUCUCCUGCAGGAUGGAAAACCGUCCGUGAAUAUGAAAGCGACGACCUUGCCUCCGACUCAGAAGACGAGAAGCGCAUUCGUUCUGCAGAAACCCGUGCCAUCAGGAGUAUCAAGGAAAAGAAAAGACCUCAUCCUUAUAGAACCACUACAGCUACUGCUUCUGCUCCUUCUGCACCUAUGCCUAAUCAACAUAACGCUAGACAAAACAACUACCAACAGCCGCCCUUUCGGACCGGCAGACGGAGGGAACCGUCAUCUCAGGACAUCUGUUACAACUGCAACCAGCUUGGUCACUGGCGAACUCAGUGCCCCCUCUUAUUCAGUACAAAACCAGGUGUCUCAGGGACAAGAAGGCAACAGAAUUAA